AGGACUAUAGAAGCACUCAGCACAAGCACCAGUGCACACCUCCGAACUCAGAAUCCUGCUAAAGCGCAAGCUCACGAUGGCACUGAAGUCAGCUGCUGUUCUCCUCAUAGCCGCCACACUCUGGUGCUACUCAGAAGGGAACAAUGACGGUGUUAUUGACUGCUGCUUGUCGACCAGCAAUGUCCCUAUACCUUACAAAAUAGUGACAACAUACAGAGACCAGAGAGUUCAAGAGGGAUGCGCUAUCCCAGCCACUGUGUUCAUCACCACUAAGCAAAUGGCUUUGUGUGCACCUCCAACAGCCAAAUGGGUGAAAAAACUAAAAUCCAAACUCGACAAAAAAUCCAAGCAAACACCCAAGAAACCAUCCAAGAAGCGAUCCAAGAAAGGAAGCAGGCAGAGCCAGUGAAAAGAUAUUAAAGCUGAGUACAACUUUCAAGACUCCUAAGAGAAAAUAAUGAUAAAAAAAGACUCCUGCAAUGAACGCAGGCAGCAGAGUACAAACAGAAGAACCCAGAAACUCAUCUUCAUCAAUGCAAACUAAACCAGAAACUCAUCUUCAUCAAUGCAAACCAAAAUAGAAACUCAUCUUCAUCAAUGCAAACCAAACCAGAAACUCAUCUUCAUCAAUGAAUGCAAACCAUAGGAUCUCAGAGCCCUUCAUUUCCAUGAACUCAUACACUCAGGAUCCUGCUCUUUGUAAAUCAUAUAUAUAAAAGAAAAGUCAGUUCGUUCUCACUGUUCACUUUCAAUAAAUUACUAUUGCAUUACCUAACCCUGACCCUAAUGUGGGAAACA